AUGAUCCGUGGGCUUCAAGUUAACCUCCGCUCUGAGAGUGAGCCCGAUGGCGGUACAGAUGCCGGGGAGCUCCAGCAUGCCCUUGAGGUCGUCUUCGACGCCGAAGCUGCCCACCGCCGCAAAUCCUCCAUAGUCGCCGCCACGGGUCCACGGCCCAAGGCCCACCGCAUGCAUACCAACUGCUAUGUGCAUUCGCUACUAGACAAGCAGGAUGGCAUCUACACCCCAAGAUACGCACCGAACGGCGAGGACGUGGCGCAAGAACACAAGGCGGACAAGGAUCCGAGUGGCUACUCGGUGUCGUUGGCGCAGUCGCGGAUACUCACAAAGAAGCAGAUAUCGGACAUGGCUUUUGGGAUACGGGAGCUGGCGAAGAAGCUUGCUCAUAUCCGGCUAAGAAUGGACGUGCGGAACGUGUUCGUCCUGACCAAGGCGCAUGACGAGAGCUUGAUCAGCAAAACCCGGGAGGUCACUGAGUGGCUUCUGAAGAAGGACAAGGCAUACACAGUAUAUGUUGAGGAGACCCUCAAGGACAACUCGGCCUUUGAUGCAUCUACGCUCGUCGAUGUCGACCCAUCAUACCAGAAGCGGCUCAAAUACUGGACGAACGAGUUGUGCCACUACAAGCCUGAAACGUUCGACAUCGUCUUAGCACUUGGCGGAGAUGGUACUGUACUAUACGCAAGUUGGCUCUUCCAGCGGAUUGUGCCCCCAGUGCUUGCAUUCUCCUUGGGCUCCCUCGGGUUUCUCACAAAAUUCGACUAUGGGGCUUUCCCGGAUAUCCUCACACGAGCGUUCAAGGACGGCAUUACAGUCAGCCUGAGGCUGCGCUUUGAAGCCACUGUCAUGCGGAAACAACAACGCGGAGACAAAUACAAAACUCGAAGUCUCGUCGAAGAGCUCAUCGGCGACGAAGGCGACGAUGACCACACCCACAGACCCGACGGCACGCACAAUAUCCUGAAUGAUGUCGUAGUGGAUCGUGGACCGAAUCCAACAAUGUCAAGUCUCGAGAUAUUUGGGGACGACGAGCACUUCACCAGCGUACAAGCUGACGGCAUAUGCGUGGCCACGCCCACGGGCUCUACGGCAUACAACCUCGCUGCCGGCGGCUCACUGUGUCACCCGGACAACCCUGUCAUACUCCUCACAGCAAUAUGUGCGCACACGCUCUCGUUCCGGCCUAUCAUCCUACCUGAUACCAUCGUCCUACGGAUCGGCGUUCCCUUUGACGCGCGGACAAGUUCGUGGGCAAGCUUUGACGGGCGAGAACGCGUUGAGCUGUGUCCAGGCGACUACGUCACGGUGUCCGCCUCGCGCUAUCCGUUCCCGGGCGUCUUGCCGCUCGAUAGGAAGAGCAAGGACUGGAUCGACAGUAUUUCGAGGACCUUGAACUGGAACUCGAGACAGAGGCAGAAGGCGUUUAAAGAGUGGAAGUCGUAG